UACAAUGUUGCUUAUUUAUACAAAUGUUGUUCUAUGUUUUGCUUUGCCUAAGAAAUUCUAUCCACACCUCCCUUUCCUUUCUACUUGCUCCUUAGCACAGAAAUUCUUACCAAUACAAUCAGAAUGGCUAACUUGGUGGAAGUGAAGGUUGGAUUACAUUGUGAUGAAUGUAUCAAGAAAAUUCUCAAGGCUAUCAAGAAGAUUGAAGAUAUUGAGACAUAUAACGUGGACAAAAAAUUGAACAAAGUCAUCGUUACGGGAAAUGUCACCAAUGAAGAAGUGAUUGGAGUUCUUCAUAAGAUUGGCAAGAAUGCAACUGUGUGGGAAAAUGUUCAAUGCUAAAGUCACAAUUCCAUUACAAGUAACUAUAAGUCUUUUAUAUUUAUUUACCAUAAGAAACAUAUAGAACCACACAUGAUGUGAAGUUCAAUCAUUUAUGUAGAGUUUAUAGAAGGAGAAUAAGAAUAGCAAAGUCAAGGGUGAGUAGAAGGUUAAGAAGCAUUUUGGAGGUAACAGAAAGAGAAAAGAUGGUUGAUUUGCGACCGUUGUUUAGAUUUUAUGUUUUUCUUUAACUUUUAUGUUCAACCCUUUUUUUCUUUCUAAAUGAGAAUAAUAAUCGUUGUUUAA